CUGUCCAAUAGAAAAGAAGGGCUUCCCUCGCAAGACCAGGAAUUGGUUUAUUUCCACGAAUACUGGCACGGGGGUGGGCGGGGACAGCCUAUCACGUGCCGAGAGACGGAAUUGGGCGGGGCAGGCCACUGGUUGCGGGGCGAGCUGGGCGCGCGGCGCGCAGGCGCCCUGGGGACCCGGUAGCGGCGGCGGCGGCGGCUGCGGCGGCGGCAGCGACCAAGGGGGCCGGAUCCUUGAUUCAAGGGAGGCGGCGGUGGCGGCCAUGGCGGCAGACGGAGAGCGAUCUCCGCUGCUUUCCGAACCCAUCGACGGUGGCGCCGGCGGCAACGGAUUAGUGGGGCCGGGCGGGAGUGGGGCUGGGCCUGGGGGAGGCCUGACCCCCUCCGCACCUCCAUACGGAGCCGGUAAACAUGCCCCGCCCCAGGCAUUUCCCCCGUUCUCCGAGGGCCACCCAGCCGUGUUGCCUGGGGAGGACCCUCCCCCCUACUCAUCCCUGACCAGCCCGGACAGUGGGAGCGCCCCCAUGAUCACCUGCCGAGUCUGCCAGUCUCUCAUCAACGUGGAAGGCAAGAUGCAUCAGCAUGUAGUCAAAUGUGGCGUCUGCAAUGAAGCCACUCCAAUCAAGAAUGCACCCCCAGGGAAAAAAUAUGUCAGAUGCCCCUGUAAUUGUCUCCUUAUCUGCAAAGUGACUUCCCAGCGGAUUGCCUGUCCUCGACCCUACUGCAAAAGAAUCAUCAACCUUGGGCCUGUUCAUCCAGGACCUCUGAGUCCAGAACCACAACCAAUGGGCGUCAGGGUCAUCUGCGGACAUUGCAAGAAUACGUUUCUGUGGACAGAGUUCACAGACCGAACCCUGGCACGUUGCCCUCACUGCAGGAAAGUGUCAUCUAUUGGGCGCAGAUAUCCACGAAAGAGAUGUAUCUGCUGCUUCUUGCUUGGCUUACUCUUGGCAGUCACUGCCACUGGCCUUGCUUUUGGCACAUGGACGCACGCACAGCGAUACGGAGGCAUCUACGCAGCCUGGGCAUUGGUCAUUCUGUUGGCUGUGCUGUGUUUGGUUCGGGCCCUCUAUUGGGCCUGUAUGAAGGUCAGCCACCCUGUUCAGAACUUCUCCUGAGUAACAUGAAGACCUACAGACUGUGCCUGGCCUCUCCCUGGUGGGGACAGUGACACUACAAAGGGAGCCAUGGUAAAAGGCUCGCUGGGCCUCUACAUGGGAGCCAAGGAGCUGCCUUCCUUUUCCCUGGGGAGAGGUGAGAAGGAACCAGGCCCUCACCUAGGUUUGGAGGGUUAGAUAAGACCACUGCUGGCUAUCUGCUUUCCUCCAGGGGUUGCUGUUUAGGGUGAAGUAGGUGAAAUGUUGCCCCUAAACCUGGAUCCUAAGACGGUUCUGCCCUUGUCCUUCCUAUAUGCUCCCUGAGCCAUUCCUGUCCCUUACACAUUCCAGGGCAGGGUGGGGGUGGGUAGCCCUGGGGGUUUCCCUCCCUCUUGUGCACCAUUAGGACCUUGCUGCUGCUAUUGCACUUCACCAGGGGCUGGUUCUGGCCUCAGUACCCUUUUCCCCCAUUCUGUGUCCUGUGGGAGUGGGGUCAGCCGCUGCUCUGUACAGAACCACAGGAACUUAACGUGUAUAUAACUAUUUAAUGUGGGGUAUGUUCCCCUAGUCCUGUAUUUCCCUUGGUUCCUCCUUCCAACUUUGUAUCCCAGUUGCAGUAUUUAACUAGACUGGGUAUCAGGGUUGCUGUGUCUUGGGGGAGGUUAGGGGCUCAUCCUGUGCUUGUAAAUAAAUAAGGUCAUGACUACCCUUU